AUGGAAACGUUCACAAAUACUUUGUCUUUACUCCAAUCAACGGAUAAUGACGUGCGAAAAAAAGCUGAAGAGCAAUACGACAGCUAUCCUCCUGCUGAGAAAGUUGGCGCUCUCAUGGAGGUGUUUGUCAAGUCAGAAAACGUGGAAGUAUGUGAUUUUAGAGCUGGUUCUAAUAAAUGAUUUCCCUUUCAGUUUAAGCUGACAUCGUUAGUGUAUUUGCGACGUGUGAUAUCUCGAGACUGGGACGACAUUUGGGAGGCUCUAAAUGACGAAAAUAAGCAACGCUCACUGCAAAAGGUUUUGAGUAUUUAGUGAGUUUUUCGACUUGUUUCUGUUUCAGGUCUUAGAGCUGGUCAUACAACCGAACGAUCUCCAAAUUCGUAAGCGUCUGGCUGAAGUUGUUGCUGAAAUCGCCAGUAACCUCAUUGGUACAGGAAUACUUCGAAGAUUUUUCAAUUUUCGUGUAUCUCAGAAGAUGAAACGGGUAAACAGCAAUGGGGUGAUCUUCUGGCCUUCAUGGAUCAUUGCGUUUCUACCGAAAAUGAUGUUCCUCUGUUGUAUGUUGGACUUCUGAUCAUAACGUUAGUCGAGAAAAAAGUUGCUAAAGUAACCUGUUUAUAUUUUUAGGAACGCUCCCAACUUGUUUGGAACCGCGUUAGCCAAGUAUCUGGAGAAAAUGAAGGUUUUUACUCUUUCCAAAUUUGAUAUAGUUGAUGAAAAUGAAAACAAUUAAACAAACUCGAGCUCAGGUACUUUUUUCGCGAGGGCUGUCAUGCUCCGAGCCUGAAAUCCGUGCUCUCGCUGUUAGAGCAGUGGUGAAUUUUUCCAUCGAUAACGAAGAAGAAAAGCACUUGGUGAAAGAAAUGGCUACGUUGGUGCCCGCUAUCCUGCAGGUUUGUCCGUUACAACUUUCACACAAAGAAAAACGAAGAGAUCAUAAGGUUUGCUCUUCCUCGUCCUCACAAGAGGAUGAUACGGAAGGUCCUUUUGGAAGCCUCGCCGAACUUGCUCAACUUUUGCCAAAAAUCCUCACGCCACAUAUCUUCGACGUUUUGUCUCUUUGUAUCGCGGUAUUUCUUAUAAUAAUAUGAUAUUUAAAAAAUUUUUUGUAGACCACCAACAACAAAGAUCUUCCUGAAACCGUGCGUCAAAAUGCACUGGAGGUUACUGUCGCUUACGCUGAGACUGCGCCGAAGUCUUUAAAGAAACAUGCUUCAAGUUUCAUCCCGCCUAUGAGUAAUAAUUUAAAUUGAACUUUUUACAAAAAAAUAAGUUUUUCAUAUAGUUGAGACUUGCAUGAUGUUCAUGGCUGAUUUGGAAGAUGAUCUUCUUGAGGAGUGGCUUGAAGAAAUAGACGAGGACGAUCUUGAAGAGUAACUUUCAGAUCUCAUAUAACUUAUUUUUUUCUUUUUUCAGAGCUCCGUCGAUCGGGGAAAGUUCUCUCGAUAGAAUUGCUUGUUCUCUUCAUGGAAAGGCCGUCUUGCCAACUAUUUUACAAAUUGUUGAACGAUAUUUGGGAUCUGGUAUUGUUUAAUGCAGACUGUCGCUUAUGAAGUCGAUCUAUAGCUGAUUGGAAAAUGAGGCAUGCCGGCUUGAGAGCGUUUUCUACUGUUGGUGAAGGAUGCAAACGGACAAUGGAGCCUCAGAUUGAGAUUUUUGUGGCGCAUAUUGCAAAGUUUACCUCGGACGAAGUUUUUUAUUCCUCUUUUGUUUUCUAUGCGUUGUUUCCAGCAUCCUCGAGUCCGUUAUUCGGCUUGCAACGCUCUCGGGUUGAUGUCUUCAGAUUUCUGCCCAACUCUGCAGAAAAAAUGUCAUAAAGAUGUGAGAUUUGGAGAAAAAAAAAUUUCGAAUCAAAAAUUCAGGUGAUUGCCUCGCUUCUCAAAUGCAUGGAAGACACUGCUUGUGCGCGCGUCUGUGCCCAUGCAUGCUCUUCCAUCUCCAACUUCUGUGAGGGUUGUCCCAAAACGGUUUGUGCUCCAUUAAAAAUCGAAAGCAGUUGGAUUUCAGAUUAUCGCGCCGUAUCUUUCUUUCUUGUUGGAAGGACUUGAGAAGGCGUUAGAGGCAAGUCUGAAACAGCUCUCAGAUAAGAAGUGCAAGCUCAUCGUUGAAAACGUUUUCUGUCUCUGCUUUUUUUUCCUACGUAACGUUUGAAGGCGGUUCAAGCCAUCUCAUCCGUUGCGGAAUCGGCCAAGGACUACCUCAAGGACCACUACGCACGUCUCAUGACUUCGCUGAUCUAUAUUUUGCAACACAGUGAUGUAGAGGACCUGAAGGUUUCCUUUUCCAUCCGGAUUGAUAAUUUUGAAAUGUUAUAAUCUACUCGCAUGUUGGUGAGUAGCACCCGCGAGUGCUACGGCCGAUCACCCGUUUAACCCCAGUCGAGCACCCGAAACGCAACUUUUAGCCGCGAGUAGAUUGUCCAGCGGAAUUACACAAGCGCCUAAUUCGCGUUCCGAGCUCCCGUUUAGGUCCAGGCGAUCACCCGAAACGUUAAAAAACACCGCGUGAUCGGCAGUAGCAACCGUCGAGCACCCGUUUCGCAAAAUUAUGACGUAUUAGCCCAACGGGUGAUUCUCACCAACAUGCGAGUUGUUUAAAGAUAUUUUGAGUAGGAAUCUUCGUUUUAGCUUAAAACCAUUUGUUUUCGAGAGCACCGCCAUAAGUUGCGCUUGAUUAGUCGUAAGAGACCAACCUUGGUAGAAACGUAUUACAAAGUUUUAUACGAACUAUUUUUUUUUAGGAAUUGCGUGGAAAAACGAUCGAAUGCAUUUCUUUCAUUGGACUGGCAGUUGGAAAAGAAGUUUUCGGGGCAGAUGCAGUCAACAUUCUCAAUUUACUUAGUCCAAGUAUGACUUCUAUGGAGAUCGACGAUCCGCAAUACAGUUUCAUGAUUUCCAGUUGGAAUCGCUUCUGCGAAGUAUUACUUACUUUUUCUAAUUUUUGAGAAGAAUCACUUCAGAUUCUGAAAGAAGACUUCAUUCCGUUCCUUUCGGUGGUUAUGUUACCUGUUAUUCGAGCUGCUGAAUAUCGUCCCAGCUUGUCUGUUUAUGAUGGUAGUAAAAUUCAGUAACCGAAGAUGUUUCGAUGUAUGACGUUGCUUACAGCCGAGGAGAAAGAGAGCGACGAUGAAGACAGUGGCUAUGACUAUCCUGCCCAAGAACCUGAAGAUAAAGGAACAAUCAGCUUCAGAACGAGCGGACUGGAAGAGAAAUCUAUUGCAUGCGAAAUGCUCAUCAAUUUUGCGCGCGACAUGAAUAGUUUUGUUAAACUUAGAUUCUCAGAAAAACAAAAAAAUUUCAGCGGCUUUCUUACCGUGGGUCGACAAAGUGGCAGAAGUUUGCACGACCAACUUGAACUUCCAAAUUGACGACAGCGUCCGCCAUUCGGCUGCUCAAACUAUUCCUCAUCUUCUGAAUUGCGUUAAAGACCAAGUAUUUUGCAAUUCCCAAAAUAAGAACCCGGUUGAUUUCUGCUCAGGGCGCUGCAGCUCAACGUCGAUUGUGGUCCACCUUCUUUCCUUUGCUCUGCAACGCUAUUCGCGAAUCGGAAGUCGAAGCAUCUGAAUUUUUUGCCAGUAUCGCUGACUGCAUUACUUCUUUGACCAAAAAUGUAUGUUUUCCAUCACUCAUGACAUAUAACCUUGAAUAAUGAACUUUUCAAGGGAUUGACAAAGGAGGAGUUUAUCGAAAUUUUCUCUCUUCUCAACAGUGAACUCCCUAAAUAUGCGAAACGAAAAAUGGAAAGACUUUCACGAGAUGAAGAGGUUUUUCUGUCUGUUAAAUCAUUCUUUUGAAAAUUUUUUCCAGGAAGAGGGGGAACCUGAAGAGCUCGACGAAGAAUCGGAGAUGGAAAGUUACUAUUUGGAUUGCCUAUCUGGCCUCGUAAAUGUCUUGAUGGAGGUUUUUCAGAAUGAAACCGUUCAAAACGUUCCAUUUUUCUCAGACGACGAAAGGAGAGGCGUAUGAGAGUCUUCUACCUAUUUUCGGCGCAUGCAUGGAGCUGGUCAGAAGCGAGAACUGUUUCUUUGAACGUCAGCAGGGAAUGUGCAUUCUUGACAGCGCCAUUGAGUUCGGACCCGAGGCACGCGAAAACUUCGUCGGAACGAGGACUUUUUUGGUUACAGCAUUUGGGCAGCCGUUUCGAUUACCUUCCUGUCAUGAUAAAGCUCUUCUCUGACGAGUCUCCGGCUGUACGCCAAGCUACAGCCUACGGCGCUGGAAUAAUGGCUUUUCGGUGUGCGGAAAUUCCAAACUACAAAAACGAUGUACUUCAACUGUUGGAACCCCUUGCAGCCAUGAUUGGAAGGUUCUUCAGAAGUCGUACAGCAAGAAGAAUAUGCACUUGUUUCAGAGAAGAUGCUCGAUCCACCGAAGACACAGCAGUUGCAACAGAAAAUGCGAUUUCGGCUUUUGCCAAAAUUCUCAUGAACGUCCAGCUUGAAGAAUCUAUGCUAAACCAUGUAAGGAUCAAAAAGAUUCUAUUUUAAAUACUUUUUUCAGUUUUAAAUUUUUUUCAUUGAUUUUUAAUCAUUUCAGGGAAUCGACAUGUUCGUCAACUGGCUGCCGACUCACGUUGACAAAGUGGAAUCCCCGCAUGUCUAUGGCUUUUUGUGCAAACUGUUCCAUGGAAACCACCCUGCUCUGCUUGGGCCAAACGGUGAACGUGUACCACACAUCCUGCGCAUCGGUAUUUUUGACUUAUUUUGUGUACAUCUUUCGAAACUUCAGCCUUGUCCGCCAUCCGUGAUGCAGCUUUUGAAGAAGAUUCUGAGGAAGGGGUCACAGCCAAGAACGAUUUGAUUGGUCUUAUACGCGAAAUAAAGGCCAAAGAACACCAUUUCCCGAACCUGAUCGAAAAAGCGCAGUUGGACGAAUCCUUGGUCGCAAUUUACCAAAACUAA